AUGGGCAUUUUGCCCAAGCUGGAAGAGAGGAUGUGGGCCCACCUGGACGCCGCUGUAAUGCAUUACUUCACUCCGUGUCAGUAUCGCAGCCACAAGGCGUUUGUGGAGGCAGCAGCAAAGGCUCGGCAGCACCUGCUUGAAUUUGCCACUGUGGCUGAGGAGGAUGAAUUUCCGCUGGGAACUUUCGGUCUGUGUCCUUGGAAAGUUGUCCAUCAGCGCUGCUGGUACAUCCUUGACUUGGGUGGGAAGAGUAGAAUAUUGCAGUGGCUGUGGUUACGACCGAGUGGCCUCAUUACGACCGACUCGGCUGUCAACCCCGGACCCCACAGAGCGAGGAGUCGCUUGGAACCCCAAGUCCUUGCGCAGCAGACGCCUGGCAGUGGGGCAGUAAUCGCUGCCGCACGGGAUGACAGGCUGGCCGAGGCCGUGGGGUCAUCUGUCUCCACCAUGGAUUCCUCCUACACUGCUGAGGCCAGCGUCAGCAGCGAGCUCUCACCCUCGGGAAUCGUCACAACAAGCCCUGGUAAGGAUUCCUCGGGCCACAGGGUGGUUUCGGAGCUGCCACUUGAGAACUCCAGGGCAUUAGCAUGGCAGCUUCUGGGUACGCGGGAUCCAUAUCCUCCUCGGGACGCGGCGUUACACACGCCAGGGCUUCUACUCCAAAGGCCUUUAAGGCCUGGCACUUAA